CAUGACCACCAAAACAGGUCGUUUAUCCUUCUGUAUUCUUACCUUUUCUCAGCUCCACGCCUCUUGUGGUUGAUGACAUGACGUCAUCACAGGUCCCAUGGUAAAAUAAGUUUAAUAGUCUGUAAGCCCCGCCCCUCAAGUCUUAGUCACAUGAUCAUGACGUCAUCCCAAAUCCUGUAUUUUUUUUUAUCAUAUACACUGCUGUACUGGUCAGUCAGUGCCGAGUGGUUGUUCUCUCUGUUAUCAGCCAAACGAUUUCCCAUAGUUCACAGCAUUGUAUACACUGGACAAUCACUGCUGAGCAGCGUUACAGUGUGUCAUCACAGAUGUGAGCAACAACAGAUAAGAUUGAUAUGGAUCCUGACAGGGUCGAUGAAAUGUGACCUGAACGUCUCCUUCGUGGCGGCUGAUGUAAGCGAUAUUAUUCUGUCUUCAAUAUAAGAACCGCACCGAUUUUUAUUACAUCUCCCCCGGGUUGUGCUUUUAUGUAUCAUUUCUUGUGCUGUUGGCUGGUGCUCUCUGCUGACACCUCUGUCGUAGGUUUGUUCUAUCCCGUCCUCAUAUCUUGACCUCAUAUCCCGUCCUCAUAUCCCGACCUCAUAUCCCUUCCUCCUAUCCCGUCCCCAUAUCCUGUCCCCAUAUCCUGUCCCCAUAUCUCGACCCCAUAUCCCGUCCCCAUAUCCUGUCCUUAAAUAGUGGGUGUGUCUUUGUGAGAUGAGGUGUGGCUUGCAAGCUGGACUGACACAUUCACCAGGAGAUGCAGAGCAGAGCUUGUGGAGUAAGGUAACAGAAGUCCUGUAUACUUGCAUGGGACUUAAAACCAAAACCCAUCUUUUAUAUAAGGGUGUAGAUUCUCCUUUUCCUGAAUGAACCCAAGGAUGGAGAAGGACAGGAAUGAGAUGACUAAGAGAAUAUUACACUUCACCUUGGAGAUCCUCCACCUGCUGACCGGAGAGGAUUAUACCAUAGUGAAGAAGACAUCGGGGGAGUGUGUGGCCCCCAGCAGCCAUCUCCAUGAAUCAGGAGGACAAUGCAGGGCCCGGGGCCCCAUCACGGAGCCUCCACCUCACUCACUGAUACAUGAGGAGAAGAUCCUAGAACUCAUCCACAGGAUCACUGAGCUGCUUACUAGAGAGGUUCCUAUAAGGUGUCAGGAUGUGGCGGUCUAUUUCUCCAUGGAGGAGUGGGAGUAUGUAGAAGGACACAAGGAUCUGUACCAGGACAUAGUCAUGAUGGAGGACCCCCGGACCCUCACAUCACAAGGUGGAGUCAUUGAUAGAAAUCUUCCCGAGAGGUGUCCCUGCCCUCUGUAUUCCCAGGACUGUCCAGAGGGAAAUGUCCCAGAGAACCAUCAGGGUGAAGAUCUGAUGGAUAUUAAGGUUAAGGUUAUAGAUGAAGAAGAGGAAGAGACGGGUGUCAUGGCCGAUCAGCAGUGUAAGGAGGGGGAGGAGGAGACGGGUGUCAUGGCCGAUCAGCAGUGUAAGGAGGAGGAGGAGGAGACGGUUGUCAUGGCCGAUCAGCAGUGUAAGGAGGAGGAGACGGGUGUCAUGGCCGAUCAGCAGUAUGGAGUCAUGGAUAGAAAUCCACCCGAGAGGUGUCCCCGCCCUCUGUAUUCCCAGGACUGUCCAGAGGGAAAUGUCCCAGAGAAGCAUCAGGGGGGAGAUCUGACUAAUAAUAAAGUGGAGGAUGAAGAAGAGAGGAUGAGGGGCCAUCACCUGUGUAUGAGGGAAGUGAAGGAGGAAAUUCCAGGAGGUGUUACCCCAAAAAUGCUCAAUAAGAACUCUGAGGAAAACUUAAAGUUAUUGCUAAAUCAUAAAGGAGAAGAUGAAGAUUUAAUAAAGGAUUCUUCAGGAGAGAACCUUGUUACCGUAAAUGUACAUCCAGGACUUCAUAGUACAGAUUUACCAUAUAAUCCUACUGAUCAUGACCAACCGAAAAUUGUUACCACAAAGACAUUUUGUUGUUCACAGUGUGGGAAAUGUUUUUCAAAGAAAUUCAUUCUUAUUAGACAUGAGAAAAAUCACUCAGGAGAGAAACCGUAUUCAUGUGCAGAAUGUGGAAAAUGUUUUGCAGAAAAAUCAAAUCUCUCUAGACAUAAGAGAAGUCACACCGGAGAGAGGCUAUUUCCAUGUUUAGAAUGUGGGAAAUGCUUUACCAAUAAAUCAGUCCUUCUUAUACACGAGAGAACACACACUGGAGAGAAGCCAUAUUCAUGUUUAGAAUGUGGGAAAAGUUUUACAGAUCAAUCAACUUUGGUCUCACAUGGAAAAAUUCACACAGGAGAGAAGCCAUAUUCAUGUUCAGAAUGUGGGAAAUGUUUUUCAAAAAAAUCUACUCUUCUUAUACAUGAGAAAAGUCACUCAGGAGAGAAGCCAUAUUCAUGUUCAGAAUGUGGGAAAAGUUUUACAGAAAAAUCUAAUCUCUCUAGACAUAUGAGAAGCCACACAGGAGAGAGGUUAUUUCCAUGUUUAGAAUGUGGAAAAUACUUUACAAAUAAAUCAGUUCUUGUUAUACAUGAGAGAACACACACAGGAGAGAAGCCAUUUUCUUGUUUAGAAUGUGGGAAAAGUUUUACAGAUAAAUCUACUCUUGUUUCACAUGGGAGAAUACACACAGGAGAGAAGCCAUAUUCAUGUUCAGAAUGUGGGAAAUGUUUUUCAAAAAAAUCAACUCUUAUUAUACAUGAGAGAAUUCACACAGGGGAGAGGCCAUAUUUAUGUUCAGAAUGUGGGAAACGUUUUACACAUAAAUCACAUCUUGUUACACAUAAGAGAAUUCACAUAGGAAAAGGACCGUAUCCAUGUACAAAGUGUGGUAAAUGUUUUUCCACAAUUUCCCACACAUAGUUAGAUAUAAAAGAAGUCACAUAGGAGAGAAGUUUUAAUUACAUUUCAGAAUGUGGAGAAUGUUUUGAUACUAAAGUCAGCCAUGUUGACGUUGAAAAAGGAUUCACAAAUUAAUCAAAAUUUAUAAAGUCAUCAAAGAAUUCACCAACAAAUGUACUUGUAUAAUGUGUGAAGAUGAAUGUAAAAGAAUAAAAAAAUAUAUAAAUUGAUACUGUAAUAAAUAAAAAAAACAGACACAGA